AUGAUUAUUCCCGAGUCUGUGCGAUGGCUCCUAGCAAAUCGAAAGGAAGCUGAAGCGAAGAUGGUUUUAAUGAAAGUAGCCAAAAUAAAUAAAGUACCCAAGUCCAAUUCGUUGAAGAAUUACCUAGAAAGAAUCUCAGUGAUUAAGGACGAAGAACCAGGUAGCCAAAGGGAAGACACUCUUAAUAUCGUCAAACAAAUGAUGAAAUCACGAAAACUUGUUAUUAGAUUUAUGAUAAUUAUUUUCAUAUGGGGAGUGAUUGCUUUCGUAUUUUAUGGACUUUCCGUCAACUCCACAAGUCUUGGCGGAAAUAAAUAUUUGAAUUUCGCUCUCGUCAGUCUGGUGGAAAUACCAGGAUAUACAAUUUCAUGGAUUUGUAUUCGGAAACUUGGCAGAAAGAUAUCACUAGCUGGAUCCCUGCUACUUUGUGGAGUUACCUGCACAUUAACGAUCUUUAUCAAUACAGUAACAAGUAACUGGACAGUUGUAACCCUCUUUCUAGUUGGGAAACUUGGAGUCACAUCAGCUUCUGGAGUAAUUUAUGUUUAUUCUGCCGAAACGAUCCCUACAGUAAUAAGAAGUGGAGGAGUAGGAACAGCUUCAACAGUAGCUCGGAUCGGACCGCUUUUAGCACCAUUCGUUCCUUUGUUGGUGAAUAUAUUUCCCUAAUAAUGAUAAAACGUGCU